UCAGAUUGAAACUUGUUUUGGAAAAACAAGAAAUCAAAUUAACUCUUUAUUUCUUUAACAAUUUACUAAUCACCAUUUUGAUUUAAUCUUUAUUCUUAUUAAUUAUCUUAUUCUGCUUGUUUGCCAUCACGUUAAGAUUAUUGAUCUUCAUUUAAAAAGAAUAAAGGAAUCAGGUGAAUAUGACUGAUAUGUGCUCUUCGUCAACCUCUUUUGAGGAUCUUGGUGAUGAAGAAAAUGAUUCAUCUCUGGUUAAUAAUAAUUUGACCCAAUCAUUGUUACAAAAAUUUGAAUCAUUGCCAAGUAAUUUACGUUAUGGCGAUGGUGAUAAUGAGGAGACCAUUGCAGAUAUUCAAAGUCUUACAAGCAGUGAUGUAAGUGGUAAAGAUCUUUGGAUUCUCUGUGACAAAGAGCUUGACACUCAAUCAACUUCAGAUAAAUCAAGAAGGAAAAGUCCACUAACCGAACAGCCUAAAAUUGGUUCUAUCAUUAAAUGUCUCAUUUCAUCCAAUAUAACUGGUCUUAAACGUGCAGCACGACAAAAACUUGGUUUGAUCAAUGACUCCUUGCGAUUAUUUGCUUGGCCUAAAUUGGUGGGUGUUGAUACGAUUGAGACUAUUCCUCGUCCUGAUACCACAGAAAUGGAAAAACAUCCCUUCUAUACCCAAGUUGUACUCGAUGUUAACCGAUCACUUAAAAGAUUUCCUCCAAGUAUUGAAGAAACUCAAAGACUUUCCAUGCAGCAACAAUUAAUCCAACUAAUCAUGAGGGUUCUCAUCAAAAACCCUAGUCUCUACUAUUAUCAAGGUUAUCACGAUAUUUGUGUCACAUUCCUACUCAUAUUGGGUGAAGAGAUGGCUUUCCAUGUUGUCGAUUCCAUCUCUCGGACCCAUUUAACGCAACACAUGGAGAAAACAAUGGAAACCACUGCUGAUCUAAUGGAAUUUAUUUUAAUCAUGAUCGAUGAAGAAGAUGGACAAUUGGGCGAUUUUAUGUAUAAAUCUGGUGUGGGCAAUUUUGCUUUAUCCUGGGUAAUCACUUGGUUUAGUCACAUUUUCCGUGAUUACAAAAUAGUUGGACGUUUAUUUGACCUUUUCCUUGCUGACGAUCCUCUCCUACCGAUUUACCUUUCAACCGCCAUCGUACUUUAUAAAAAAGAUGAUAUCUUAAAGCUCGACUGUGAAAUGUCAAUUGUACAUCAAUAUCUUUGUGGAAUAUUGGAAAAUGAAGAUGAUCUACCAAUUGAAGAUUUAAUCAUCCAAUCAAAAGAGCUAUUUGUCAAAUAUCCUCCCGAGAAACUUAAAUCCCUACAAAAGUUCAAACCCCGUUCAAUUGUCACCAAAAGAAAGGAGCAAAGUGCCUUAAUUAGUCUCAUCUUUUCUUUACUCGAUAAAGGAACUAAAUAUACUUUCACAUCGAUCACAUUAACAAUGGUCGUUUGUGCUAUCGUUUAUCAACAAUAUCUAACCAAAUGAUCAUGAUAAGCGUUAAUCAUCAAUAUGUUUCAUCAUUUUUCCUGUUUACUUUUCUCUCUCUCUCUCUCUCUCUCUCUCUGCUGUUCCAACUGAAUAUCGAUCACGCACCUCUUACAGUAUCAAUAUAUCAUGAAACAUCAAUUAUCUUCAUCUUCCUCCUUUUCAUCUUGAAGCACAAAAAAACGCAGUUACCACAACAAUUAGCGAGGCUAUAACAACACAAAGCCUAAUCUCUGUACAAAGGAUAAAUUGAAAGAGGAAAAGACAGAGUAAACAUUCAAGAUAUUAAAAUCUUAGAAAUUAACACUUCAUUAAUUUGCAACCAUUAAGUGAUAAAACAAAUAACGUGAUGAUACCAAUUAAUUAUUCUGAUAUACCCUGGCGAUGAUUUAACUUUCGAUAUGUAUCAUAACUUUUUUUAUAGUGAACAAUUAUCUAACUCAAAUCCAAUAUUUACCAUUUAUCAAUGGAUGAAAAAGCAAAAAUUGAUCAAAAAAAAUUUUCGUGAUAAUUAUUACUCUAUAAAUAUAAAUAAAGUCAACAUUUCUUUAAAUUGUGAAAAA